UAAGAAUUAAGAAAAAUGGCAGAGUUUCCUCAACAGGUUUUUUAAACUAACACUAACCAUCACGUAACUUAGGUAUAUGAGUAAAUGGGAUGAGUAGUUUCAUGUGCAAAAUGAAGAGAGAGCAACAGGCUUUAAUUAUGAGAGAUGAACAAGUUUUAAUUCCUGUGUGUCCUAGAUAUAUUAUGGACAAAAUAUUUCAAAUAGUUCAAGAAUUUAUGAUGAGGAGGAACAGGGUGUAGAUCAUGACUUCUGCCUACAUUAGAACUUCAGCAUCCCAUGAGAAAAUGAAUUCAUUGAAUUAUGUCUAUGACAAGGAUUCACCAGCGAGAUGGAAAACAGGAAAAAUGCUUUCUGUCCGAGUCCAGUUCUUGGAUGAUUCUUUGGCAGAUUUUCAAGUUCAGUUCAAAGCUUUAGGAAAGGUUUUGUUUGAACAAGUUUGCAAAGUGUUGAACUUGCUAGAAGUUGAUUACUUUGGGCUGGAAUAUCCUGAUGCUUAUGGAGUUAUGUAUUGGUUAGAUCUUGAGAAACCCAUAUGUCAACAAAACAGCUUGUCUUUGGUAAAUCCCAUUAUGUAUUUCUGUGUGAAGUUUUAUACACCUGAUCCUGCUCAACUAGAAGAAGAAUAUACCAGGUAUUUGUUUAGUCUACAAAUAAAACGGGACUUAACUCAAGGAACUCUUGUUUGUAAUGACAAUACUGCUGCCUUAAUAGCUUCUUACAUAGUUCAGGCUGAAUGUGGUGACUUUGAUCCUGAAGAUUAUCCGGAUCACACAUACCUAUCAUCAUUCAGGUUUGUACUUCAUCAAGAUUUUGCAUUUGAAAAGAAGAUCAUGGAAAAUCAUAAAAAGCAUGUAGGACAGACACCUUCUGAAGCUGAUCUUAAUCUGUUAGAAACUAGUCGAAAAUGUGAGCUUUAUGGAAUUAAAAUGACUCCAGCGAAGGACCAGGAAGGAGUUCCUAUAAAUGUGGCAGUUGCACACAUGGGAAUUUUAGUCUUCCAGAAUAUCACAAGGAUAAACACUUUUUCUUGGGCCAAAAUUCGGAAGUUAAGUUUCAAGCGUAAAAAAUUCCUAAUUAAACUGCACCCUGAAAGAUAUGGGCAUUACAAGGAUACAGUUGAAUUUUACUUUGAAAGAAGAAAUUUAUGCAAGAAUUUCUGGAAAAAAUGUCUUGAAAAUCAUGGUUUCUUUCGGUGCACUGAAGUCCACAAAAUUCCUCGCCACAAGACCAGAAUUUUCAGUAAUGGUUCUUCUUUCAGGUAUAGUGGACGCACUCAGAAACAAAUGUCAGAAUAUGUGAGAAAGAAUUUUGUAAAGAGACAUCCUUUUCAGAGGUCCACAAGUUUGAGGUUAAAAAGAUCAUGUUAUCGAGAUAUAGGUUCAAUUGGAACUUCUGUAUCUGCUCAUCCACUUUUACCUGUCAGUGACAGGAUGAUGAAUGAUUUCUCAAGUGGAAAUGUGGCACCAUCCAAACAAACACGUAUCUCACAGUUAACUUCCUUUUAUGUCAACAAUCAAGGUUUUGAAUCAGUGGUAGCUAAUGGAGCUGUGCAUGGAGAGGUGGAUGUGUCAACAAAUCAGACAAGUUUGCUGUCUUCUGCCUUUUCACACGACUUAGAAAAACGUAGUCAAUCAUAUAAUCAUCUGGCUUCAUCUCCCAGGCCUUUUCAGUGGGAAGUAUCAACUAGUAGAUCAUUGCAUUUGUCCCAGAACUCAUCAGUUAAUAGGUUAUGUAAUUGUAAAGAAAAUAGUACAAAUAUGUGUCUUUUUGAAGAUAAGCCGAAAAAUUCCAAAAAUAUGCUUGAGCUAGAAAUUGGAAAGCAUAAUCAGAUAUGUUGGAACUGUGGUAUAAGAAACAAUCAACAACAGUUUCAGAGGAAAGGGAGGGUUGGAAAGGGUUCAGAUUUAGAAUCAAGUUGUUGUUCAGUGUAUCUAAAAGACCAAAAGCUAUCUCCACUUUUAUCAGAUAUGGUAGAAACAAGACAUUGUCUCCAAACAGAUAUGGAAAAGCAUGUGACACAUUCUGCUAAAAGAAAUGUUUUCUUUAAAGGUCAACAGUCUGUUCAGUCAAACUUAGCAGAUACUAGUAAAUAUUCAAUUACUUGUUUAAGUUCUGGUGUGCCUAAAGUUCCUGUUAACAAAGACAGUUUAAAGAGUGAAGAAAGGCGUACUUCUAGAGAGCUAGUUCAAAAUGAUGACAGUAAUAAACAUUUUACAGAAGAGACUGUGGAUUUGUUUGCAUCCCCUGGAAGAGAGGCAGUCUCUCAUGGUGUUCUUGAAACUCCUCUUCCUUCUCAUGAUUUAUCACAGGUAUUGCCUGUUAAGCGUGUAGAUUAUCUUGAGACCUCCAAGUUUUCCAGUCGAAGUAUAGCAAAGAAAAGAGUGUUACCAUUGUUACCUCCAGAAGUAUUGAAUGAAAUGACCAUUAAAUCAGGUGUAAAAAGCUUUGGCAGUCAAUUAAAGCAACAAGAAUAUUCAGAUACAUUUGUUGGCCAAUUGGUGCAGGAUAAUGAUUUGAAAUUGUCAGAAAAUAAAUCAGAUUUUCCAGUGGAAUCAAAACCAGAAGAUGUUCAAAAAGGUUAUGAAUUUGUUGAAAACAUCACUUCUCAUACUUCCUAUGAAGCAGGUAAAAAAGAAUCUAUAACAAUGCCAGAAAGCUUUGAAACAAAUUUCAAAAGUUUUACAACAAACUCUUUUGAAUUACCUGAAUUCUAUGUAGAAGAAAAAAAAUUGGAUCUUGGAACUCCACACAGUAUAGGAGAUCAAGUCCAGGAUGACUUUUUUAUCAACGAGCAUCCCCCAAGAAAUACAGCAUAUGAAGUUAUACUAAGUGACUCUUCUUCGUCCUCAUCUGGAGAAGGGCAUCCUGGAAGUCUCAGUUCAGAAGAACUGCACAGACUUAGUGAUGCCCAGCUUCCAGGAUCACUUGUUUUGUCAGACGAAGAUUACUGUCUUGAGGAUCUUGAAGAACAGUAUGUUGAGUCUUUUUCAUGGGAAUGUCAUUAUUAUACCAAUGACAUUCUAAAGCAAGGAUCUACACAAAAUUAUGUUAAUAAACAGUUUUUUGAUAAUUACAGCAGUGAUGAAGGAAGUAGCUCCCUCAAUGGGGACACAAUCUGUGAUGAAAAUAGUCUUCAUGACAGUAUGGAGGCUUUAGAAAAAAUCUCAAAUAAAACAGAAACAUUUUCUGAUGAUGAUAAUUCUGCCCCAGUUACUGAUGAUAAUUUAUUUACUAGUAAUUCGUGAUAUUACACUGGUUUUAGUCUUUAUAUGAAAACAACAAUUUUUAAAAACAAAUACAGCUUGGUGAAAGAUGUUUAUAUUAGUGUGCCAUUCUUUUUACUUGUAUUUAUUUAUGUAUCUAUUUAUUG